ACCCGAGAUGGAACACACGCAGCAACCUGGAGGCUGGACGCUGGAGAGUGCGUCACACGGACACGGUCACGGUCACGCCUCCCCCCUCACCUCGCCUCGCUCCCUCCCCAUCUCUUCCCGGCGAGCCCCCCCUCCACGCGUCUACCAACCACCAGUCCACCAGGCGCGCGGCGCGACCCCCAACCGACCCCGGUAGGCAGGCGCGCGCGGCGCGCCACCGUGACGCUCGACCGGCUGGCUUGCUGCGUGCGGCGGGGAGACGGAGGGCCGGGCGGCCCCCCCGUGCCGUGACGACGCCGCGCCAUGGAGGUGCCGCCGCUGCCAGCAGCGGCUGCGUCGGCGGAGGAGGAGCGCCGCAGCACGGCGACGGGGUCGUGCCUCCCCCGGCUGGUCUCAGGCGUCCUCUCGGGGGCCCUCACCGGCCUCUUCGCCGUCGCUGGAGGCUUGACGGGGGCGUUCACCGGCGCAUUGGCGGGGAGGGCUUCCGACAGCGGCGUCCUCCGGGGAGCCGGGCUGGGGGCGUUCGCGGGGGCGGUGCUCUCCAUCGAGGUUCUGGAGGCUUCGCGCGCGUACUGGAGCGCGGACCGAUCGAGCCCGCAGAGCACGUCCUCCAUGGGUGAUUUCAUAGAGCAGCUCCUUCAUGCUCGAUCUGUGCAAGACCAGUAUGAGCCAUCAGCAUAUAUGGCAUAUCGUUGGCAGGUUGGUAUUGCAGACAAUGAUGAUCUGUACGAUGUUCUUGAAGAGGUUUUAUCUGAUGGGCUCUCACAAGAUACCCUAAAGAAGUUACCACAUCAUGUCGUUACUGAUCAGAAGCAAGAAUCGGUUGCUGAAGACCUGUCUUGCGCUAUUUGCCUCCAGGAUGUAGUUGCCGGAGAGACAGUGAGGAAGUUGCCGAAGUGUUCUCACACUUUCCACCAGCCUUGCGUGGACAGAUGGUUCAUGGACCACUGUUCAUGCCCUGUAUGUAGGCAAGAUGUGUGUAGGUAGAUUAUGUUCGGCUCCAUGUUCUCAUGCCUUUGUAAAGUGUCUACUGGCAUCAUUCAUAUAGAAAGAAUUAUAAGUACCAAGCCCUAUAACUUGUUUGUAUCCAUACAUCAGAGGUUGCGCGGUUCGUGUUUUUCUAGUCACUCAUCUUGUGCACAUAAAACUGGAGAUAUCGCAAUGUGAAGUUUCUUUUAUCCAUCCUAUUA